AUGGCACCCAAGUUUCCAGAUCGUCCAACAAAAGCUGUCCCACCCAACAGCAAAAGACCUCACAGUGGGACCCCGGCGAAAAGGACCUCGUCGUGGGUUCUUGGUGGUGGCACCAAGGUUCCAGCACCUCCAUCAGAAGCUGCCCCGUCCAACAGAAUCGGACUUCUACAUGAGACCCCGGAGGUGACGCCCAAAGUUCCAGCACCACCUUCAGAAGCUGCCCCGGUCAACAGAAAAGGACCUUGUCAUGGGACCCCGGCGGUGACGCCCAAAGUUCCAGCACCACCUUCAGAAGCUGCCCCGCCCAAUAGAAAAGGACCUCGCCGUGGGUUCUUGGUGGUGGCACCCAAGGUUCCAGCACCUCCAUCAGAAGCUGCCCCAUCCAACAGAAUCAGACUUCUACAUGAGACCCCGGAGGUGACGCCCAAAGUUCCAGCACCACCUUCAGAAGCUGCCCCGGCCAACAGAAAAGGACCUUGUCAUGGGACCCCGGCGGUGACGCCCAAAGUUCCAGCACCACCUUCAGAAGCUGCCGCGGCCAACAGAAAAGGACCUCGCCGUGGGACAAAAUGCCACCCAAAGGCUGUCGCAGAUCAGGAAGAUCUCCAGCCUUUGGUCGACCCUGCAAAGAGCCUGUCCCUCUGCUUCACCCAGCUGACCUCAGAUAACUGGGAGAAGAACCUCGAUGGAUUGAAAUCUGUUCGAGCUCUGGCACGACACCAUCCAGAAGUCCUGCAGACCAACCUGCAUGAAGUCUGCCUGCUCCUCACAGAAGCGGUGAAUAACCUGCGCUCUGCUGUGGCCUAUGAGGCAAUGGGCACCGUAGCAGAGCUCCAUGCCCACCUGGGGAGGGCCAUGGACACUGAGGCCCAGUGGACAGGCCGUGUCCUGCUGCUAAAGUUGGCAAAGACAACCAACUCCUUCCUUCAACAGCAGGCUAACCUCGCCCUGGAUGCGCUGGUAGAGGGCUGCAGCCCUGGUAGAAUAAUAAAUGUUCUCCUCGACACAGGGUUGAGCCACCGUUGUGUUGCAGUGAGGGCCAGCACAGCCGAGCACCUCCACCAGCUGGCGGACAUCGUUGGAGAGGAUCAGAUCCUGACAGCAGGGAAGAUCUUCACAGAGCGUUUCCUUGUUGCUGUCAGUAAGAUGGCGGUGGAUCCUGCACAAGAAGUCAGGCACUACGGACAGAAGAUGCUCAAGGGACUCGUCCACCAGAAGGAGUUCACGGUCCAGUGGGAGAGGAUCAUCCCAGAAAAAGACAGACGUCCCGUGGAGAAGAUCUUGAAGAAGAUGAGGCAGUAGAAGCACAGGCGAUGGAAAGACUGGAGACAUUUGGACAACAUCAACUUUAGGCUGGCACGGAGGUGCAGGGGUUAGCUCUGUUACCUCACAGGUGCAUGUUCUCCCUGUGCCAGUGUGGGUUUCCUCCGGGUGCUCCGGUUUCCUCCCACAGUCCUAAAGAUAUGCAGAUUAGGAUCAUUAGACACUCACAGGUUCUUAAUCGUUUUUCAGCCAAGGACACCUUACAAGAGAGAAUUUACCGGGGGGGUAACUUACACUUCUAUAGUCUUAGUUAUUCAAAGAACAACAUAAAAGAAAUGUAUUACAAAGGUAUUAGACAUCUCAACACAAAAUACCCAUAAAACAAUGCAAUUGAUUGAAUUCAAUUGGCUAGUAAUUCUGUACCUAAACAAAAUAUAAAAAGGCAACUCAAGAGAAAGGGGCUAAUUUGAAGGGCCUUUCCUAUCACACGUAUCAAGAGAAGUGUAAAGUGAAGUGUUUCACAUUAGAUUAGAUUCAACUGUAUUGUCACUGUGCAGUGUACAAGUACAAAGACAACGAAAUGCAGUUUUCAUGCAACCAGAAGUAGAAAAAGAGCAGAUUACAGUAGGCUAAUUAAAAUAGUAGCUUCGAUAGCUUCUAAAUGUUGAACAUUAUACGUGAUGUAUAAAUAACAUAUACAUAUCCAUCCAUCCUUUUUCAUCUAUAUGAAGUAGGGGGUAUCUGCUCCGUCUCUCAAUCAACUAAGGAGUCCUUGGCCUAAAAAACGUUUAAGAACCCUGUUCUAGGAUAUAUGUGUCUGUCUGUGAUAGACUGGCGACUUGUCCAGAGCUUAAAGUUAACUGGGA